UAGCCCAACCUCUCUUCUCUGGCACAGCCUCUGUUCUCUAGCCCAAUCAAAGACAUGGGAAAACAUUUCUUUUACUUCCCAAUGUCUUGUCUGUAGGCUGCUCUCUUUCCACGAGCACGAGAUUCAUAUUCUUACCUCCCUUAAUUAGGUUCUCUUUCUCAUCUCCCCCGACAUCUAAAUUCAUUCUGCUUAAUUCCCUUCUGAUCACACUCCAAUAUGGGCAUCAAAGAACUGAUGAUCUCCUUCAUCUUCACCACAUUCCUGCUCUCCCUCCUCUUCAUUCCGUCAGUCCUACCCUUCUCUAUAUUCCAAUCUAGCAACCACUCCAACUCUUCCGGGCGACCCGAGAAACCGUACCCGGUCAGCUUUGCCUACCUCAUCUCCGCCUCCAAAGGCGAUGUCAAUAGGCUAAAGCGCACCCUGACGGCGAUCUACCAUCCCGCCAACUACUACCUUCUCCACCUCGACCUCGAGGCAACGCCUGAGGAGCGGCACCUCCUUACCCAAUUCGUCUCCGACCACCCCACAUUUUCCCUAAUAGGCAACGUUUGGAUUGUACACAAGUCGAACCUCGUCACCUACAGGGGCCCCAGCAUGCUCUCCACCACUCUCCAUGGCCUCUCAAUCCUUCUCAGGAGGUGCCAAUGGGAUUGGUUCAUAAACCUCAGCGCCUCCGACUACCCGUUGAUCACUCAAGAUGAUCUAAUAACGGCCUUCUCCAACCUGCCUAGAGAUCUCAGCUUCGUGGAGCACACAAGCCACUUGGGUUGGAAAAUAAGAAAAAGGGCAAGGCCAAUCAUCAUAGACCCUGCGCUCUACAGUCUCAACAAGUCGGAGAUCAUCCGG